GGACUGACACUGCCCCGCCAAUCAGAAGCGUUGACCUUCCGUUGCUAGGUGGCGACGGAGAGAAGAAGGGCGCCGGCAGGUGCUGCUCGGCGCUGCCUCAGGGGGAUUGAAGAUAUGCGGCUGAGAUGACUCUUCAGGAAAUGGUAAAUCAGGCAGCUAGCCUGUACUCUGAUAGAAAAGCAGUUUGGUUUGAUGAAUGCAAUGACAAACCUCCAACUUUCUACACAUAUGCGACGGUGGUCAAGCUUGCCAUGGAAUUAACAGCUUUCCUUCAAAAGCACUGUGGUCAGCAGGGAAAAUGUGAAAUAGGCCUUUACUGCUAUCCAGGAAUAAACGUACCAUCUUGGAUCUUAGGAAUCCUUCAAGUUCCAGCUGCCUAUUCUCCUAUCGAUCCAGAUGCACCACCAAUGUCAUCCACUUACUUCAUGAAGAAAAGCAAUCUUCAGUAUAUUCUUGUUGAGAAUGACAAAAUAAAUAAAUUCCGGAUGUCCCAUGUUGGUUGUUUUCACCACAAUUCUUCCACAAUAGAACAUAUUGGUUUAACUCUUUUCCAAAUGAGUUCGAGCAACACUGAUUUAAAUUCACAAAUAGAUGAUGUGAAAAGUAAAUAUGAACCUUUCAAAGCUAUGGGUAAUUCACAGCCAGGAUGUUCCGUUUGCCCAGAUCAGACCGAAGUAAAAACAUCAGAAGGAAGAUAUAUGGACGUUGGCCAGAAGUACUCUUUAGCAUAUGUCUUGCAUACAUCAGGAACUACAGGGAUCCCCAAAAUAGUCAGAGUGCCUCAUAAAUGUAUAGUGCCGAAUAUUCAACAUCUUAAAUCCAUAUUUGAGAUCACACAGGAUGAUACGCUAUUCCUGGCUUCUCCUCUAACAUUUGAUCCAUCUGUGGUUGAAUUGUUCGUUGCUCUGACAAGCGGAGCCUCUAUUCUUGUAGUACCAAACACUAUUAAAAUGAUGCCUGUGGAGCUGUCUACUGCUCUAUUUCACCAUCACCAUGUGACAGUGUUGCAGGCAACACCAACACUUCUCAGAAGGUUUGGAGCUCACAUUAUUAAAUCAACAGUGUUGUCUGCAAAUACUUCACUCCGUGUCUUAGCCCUUGGUGGUGAAGCAUUUCCCGUACUGAAUCUCUUGAAAAGUUGGAAGCACGAAGAUAACAAAACAAGUAUUUUUAAUCUGUAUGGUAUUACUGAAGUGUCAAGCUGGGCCACUUGCUACAAGAUUCCUGAAGAGGUUUUUAGUCCUGAUUUUAGAACUGAUUUCCCUAUACCUUUGGGAUCACCGCUCCUUGGAACAAAAGUUGAGGUCAGAGAUACCAACGGUUCUGCAGUUCUAGAAGGCGAGGGACAAAUAUUUAUAGGUGGUGAAGAACGAAUCUGCUUUCUUGAUGAUGAAAUAACUGUACCCCUGGGCACAAUGAGAGAAACAGGGGAUUUUGUAAGAGUGCAGAAUGCAAAGUUGUUCUUCUUGGGUCGGAAGGACAAUCAGAUUAAACGUCACGGGAAACGUUUUAAUAUUGAAUGUUUGCAGCAGGCCGCUGAAGAUCUUUGUCAGGUAGAAGCUUGUGCAGUGACCUGGUAUCAGCAGGAAAAACUUAUCCUGUUUGUUGUACCCAAAGAUGAUUUAGAAAAGAGAGAAACACUUAAAGAACUCCAGAAAUGUCUACCAGCUUAUGCAGUCCCUGAUGAGCUUGUACUGAUUAAAGCUUUGCCUUUAACAUCACAUGGCAAAGUUGAUAUAUCUGAACUGAACAAGAUUUACCAGAACCAUCUAAACUCCAGAAGGCGUGACAGUAAGCUGAGUGGCGCAGAGGAAUUGUGGGAAAGAUUGCAGUAUUUAUGGAAGUCUGUUCUGGGUCUCCUAGGUGAUGCCACCAGAAUUUCUAAAGAUGCGAUAUUUCUGUACAGCGGUGGAGACUCCUUAAAGGCUCUACGAUUUUAUGAUGAAAUUGAGAUGCUAGUAGGGAAAGCUGUGCCUGGACUCCUUGAAGUUAUUCUCAGCCGCUCGAUUGAAGAGGUUUAUAGACAUAUUCUUAAAAUUCUGUUUCCAGAUGAAGACCAAUUAAUGAAUUAUGACAAUGCUGUGAAAAGAAAACUAAGUGGGAACAGUGGAGAGGAAUUCCAUGGAAAAUAUAUUAAACUGAAAUCUGAAAGAGGUCUUGAGGUUGCUUCAGGGUUAAUUUCAUUUAUUGCACUAAGCAGAGGAAAUCAUUUUUUUCCUAUGAAUUUCACCAAGUCUUUUAUGCAACCCAAUAAUACAGUACAGGUAGGAGUGGAACUGCUACAGCAACCAUCCGUUCCGCAUUUAGUGACUCCAAGUAUAAUGAAAAGCCAUGCGCAAGGGUAUGAAAUGGAGAACAGAAUUUUAACAGUUAUGAACAAGGCAAAUAAAACCGACUGUUGCUCUGUACAGCAAAUCCAUGCAGAAUGUAGUCAUGUAACAACGGCAGAGCUGGCAUUACGCAUAAGAUGGAAGUCAAAUACAAGAAAAUGUGUUGAUGCAUCACCACUGGUUAUAAUACCAUCUAAAGAAGAAGUAUCUGCAUCUGUAUAUGUUGGCUCUCACUCUCAUGCAAUGCAGGCGAUUGAUCUAGAUUUGGGAGAAAUAAAAUGGGAGAAGAACCUUGGAGAUCGUAUUGAAUCUUCUGCCUGUGUAUCUAAGUGUGGAAAUUUCAUUGUUGUUGGUUGUUACGAUGGCUUAGUGUAUGUGCUUCAAAGCAGUGAUGGAGAAAUACACUGGACUUUUGUCACAGAAGAUACUGUGAAAAGCUCUGCAGUUGUAGACCCUUCCAGUGGACUAGUCUACAUAGGAUCACAUGACCAACAUGUGUAUACUUUGGAUAUUUAUAAAAAGGCAUGUAUAUGGAAGUUACAUUGCGAAGGUGGAGCUGUGUUUUCAUCUCCUUGUCUAAGUUCUUUUCCACAUCAUCUUUAUGUUGCUACACUAGGAGGACUGUUAUUGGCUGUAAACCCAGUGACAGGGAAUAAGAUUUGGAAAAACUUGCUGGGAAAACCACUCUUCUCCUCUCCUCACUGCAAUGAGAAGUACGUUUGUGUUGGGUGUGUGGAUGGAAACUUAUAUUGUUACACUCAUUCUGGAGAAAAGGUUUGGCAGUUUUCCACUAACGGACCGGUGUUUUCAUCUCCAUGCAUCUCAAGUUUAACUAAGCAAGAAAUAUUUUUUGGCUCCCAUGAUUGCUUUAUCUACUGUUGUAACAUGGAGGGUAAUUUACUGUGGAAAUUUGAAGCCACUUCAAGUGUAUAUGGAACACCAUUCAUUUUCCAAAGCGAUGACUUAAAGAACAAAAUUCUUUUGGCAGCAGUAUCUACAGAUGGCAAAGUGUGGAUCCUGAAUGCCAAGAGUGGAACAGCAGAAGGAGUGGAUAAGCUUCCAGGAGAGGUUUUCUCUUCCCCUGUAGUAUGGGGAACAAAGCUUGUUGUUGGCUGUAGAAAUGAUUAUGUUUAUUGCCUAGAUUUGUAUAUAACAGGAAAAAAAGAACAGCUAAGGUGUUAGGCUGCUUCCUUUUUAUUGUUUACAUUUGUAAAUUAAGAAUUCACAGGUGCUGUCUACCUCUCUGCCUAUUUUACUGUAGGCAAGAGGUGCUCUCUACAGACUUCUCGGGUAGCAUUUUGCACCAGGCAGUGGCCAGAUUAGGUAAAGUGAUGUUUGUUGACUUGCUGUACUGAUUGAAGGAGGAUGGCUGCUCAGCACCCAGCCAAAAGUUUUGCUGUCCCUCCCUCAUAUCCCAGCUCCAAUUCAUGAAAGAACAGGUUUCAGAUGGUUUGGAUUUGAAUGUUGUGCUUUGACCUGUGUAGUAAGAAAAUGAAAGUCAGUGGUUUGGCUUCAGACGCUUGCAGGAUUGGGAGAAACUGUGGUAAGGUGCCAUACUCUGCAGCUUGGAAUAACAUGCUUGUCUCCCUGAGGGAGGAAUGUAUUCCUCUCUCUGAGUCCAGCCUAGGCUGUGCCCUGAGGUUCCUUCCUAGCCUGUGCCUGGCUGUUCCACGCAUCAGACUGGUGUUUGUCUAGUCUGACGUGGUUUCUAUGCCGUGGCAAGGUAACCCAAGUCCUUUUUUGAAUCUAACUUUUAACUUGAUUUCUGAAGACAUAGCCUGCAUUGCAUAUACCUGGUAGUAGUGACCUGUUCACUAUAGUUUGUAUAAACUGAAUAGUUCAUCUUUUGUGAGCCUAGGCCCUCCUUGGCUUCAAUUCAGUCAAGCGUAUGCUUAAACUCUGUUGAAGUCAGUAGGAGUUACUUCUUGUAUUCUAAAGUGGAGAAUAUACUUACAUGUGUAUAUUUUUUAAAUUUCAAUGACAGGUACAGUAUGAGUUCCCAGAUGAAGUGUGUACUGCUCAAAUCAACCAUUGUCAAAUCAUUUUUUAAGAGAUUUGAAUGAAUGCUCUCUACAGUGUUUUUACAGAGAACUAUUAAUAAAGGGUUGUGUAAAUUGGUUUUGGUUGUCUUUAACACGUUAAAAGGAAUUACCAGUGGUCUUAGUAAUGCGAAUCAAGUAUUUGCAGUGACAGAAGUACACUUAACUGAGAGCAUCUUCCCAAUUAUGAGUCUUCUAAAAGAACUACAGUAGAAACUAUUAUCUCACUCUCUCUGAUGAGCCGUGUACUUUGAAUUCUAACAUCUUGAAUUAAAAAGUAAAGUAGAAGUUGCACUGGCUAUGUUGCUUCAUCACGUCUGGUUCCUCUAUUUUAUUGUUAGCAGGAACGCAUAGGCAAGACACUUGUACCACUGUAAAAAGUUCUAGUUAUAAAGCAAACCUGAAUUACACAGUUAGCAAAAGGAGACACAGAAUAGAUAUGUCAUUGAUUAGAUAACUUUGACUGGGUUAUAGUUUAAUAAGAAUUAAAAUGACAUUAGUAUAAUAAACAAUUGCACUUUAAAACAUUUGAAAAAUUAAAAAAGUACACAACAAAUACCCCACAAUUAUACAUCUUACAGUUUUUAUACAUUACUAUAUGAACAUAG